AUGGGUAUUGAAAUAAAACUUUUGGAUUUUUAUUGUCAGACCGUCGUAUCGCAUGCGACAGUGGACAAGUUUGGUAUUGUGAGUUAUGCCGAAUUCAUGAAGAACACGGGAGAGGCGUUUAAGAUUGAAGACAUUGAGAGGUAUUGUCUCCGUGUCAAGAAGCCGAAUGCACAAAACAAAUUAGAAUAUAUCGACGAGUCGUCGUACAACAAAGAUGCCAUUGGAAUAACAGAUGAAGUCCAAUUGGUGUACCACCCCUCCGUCUGUGCCAAAAUGUUAUGUGAACAACUCGAAGAGACUGAUGUCGAGAAGUUAAAGCAGUCCUUGUUUCACAUGGGGCCACUUUUGGACGAUGACUUUGUCGAAGCUGAAUUUACUGAGGAAGGCGGUAUUGAACAAAUCAUGUCUGUGUUGUUAAAUAACGAAGGGAAUAUUCAAAAAUAUUCGAUUCAGCUUUUAAGAAAGUUAAUGAGUGCAAAAGAAGGGUUACAGCGAAUAGUUAAUAAUGAGGAACUUGUCGAAAUGCUCUAUUCGUUGAUUAAUUCAUCAGUGCCUUCUGCCGUCUCGAAGCAAGCGAUUGAGUUGGUCUUUGUCGUUUGCGCUUAUGACGGAUUUUUCAGCUUCAUGUGUGCUGCGAAGAGUUACGCCAAGACCAAGGCGGAACCUAUCUUCUCGAAUAUAGUACAAAUGUUGGACGUUGACGAGUUGGACACUCAAAUUGACAUUUUAACACUGAUUUUAACUGUUCUGAACUGUGCACCAGCUAUUGAAAAUAGGAACCAAAUUAUCACUAACUUGAAGGAACUCAACAUCGACACAAAAAUUAAGAACCUUUUGAAGAAAUGUAAAGUGGAGGAGUUGAAGAAGAAGCUGAAAGAAGUCAAUGCGAUGCUUUCCGUCAAAAUAGCGACAAGUACCAUCGACUAUCAAAAUCUGUACAUUGAUGCAAAGAAGAGGUGCAGUGAAAUGGAAACCCGUGUGACAACUAGUGACCAUAAAAUCAACGAAUUAAGUCGCACAUUAGACUCAGUGACAGCAGAGAAGUGUAAUUUAGACAAAGAGCUUAAAGAGUUGAAAACAAAAUAUAUGAAAGAAGUCACUUUAGCUGCAACGGCACAAGCUAAAUUGGAAGUCAUUGGUGGCAAAGAUGGGAAAGAUAAAAUUACCAGCGCAGAUGAGAUGCGAAUUGAGUUGAAAAAGUAUAAAAGGAUGUAUGAAAGUUUAAAGCCAAAUGAAUUGAAAUUGGAAUAUGACUGCGUCGACUUGAAAGCUAAGAACGAAGAGAUUAAAACCAUCUUGGCUGAAACGAAAAAGGAAAAUGAAAUGCUGAAGGAAAGUCUGAAAAUGCAAACAUCACUCGGAGUCAUUCCAAGUGAUAACAGCACUUUACCUCCUCCACCUUUCACGUUACCAGUCUCUGUGGGAAAUACUCUGGAAAAUAGUGACUUGCCGCCUUUACCACCAGGCUUAGCUCCACCAGAUGGAAUGUUACCGCCACCAGGACUUGCGCCACCGGGAGGAAUGUUACCGCCACCAGGUCUAGCUCCGCCAGGUGGACUCAUGCCACCAGGAAUGUUACCGCCGCCAGGACUCGCUCCACCAGGUGGAAUGAUGCCGCCACCAGGAGGUAUGCCAAUGAUGAAAAGCGACAAGAAGAAUAAAAGUGUUGUGAAACCAAGUGAGAAGAUGCGGCCGUUGUAUUGGAAUAGAGUGAUCAUCGAUAUGGACACCGACAAAUCAAUUUGGAAAGAAAUUAAAGAGUCGAAGCUGAACGAGAAAGAGGUCAACCAACUCUUCUCACAAAAGAAAAAUGCGACAAAUUCGAAUUCUCCAGCUGCCGAAGAGAAGAAGGUUAAGAACAAAAAGGAAUAUAUCCGACUUCUCGACGACAAAAGAUACAACCAACUUGGUAUCAUCAAAAGUCGGUUGCCAAAAGAGGAGGUCUUAACAGAUGCUAUUAAAGAGUUGAAUACUUCGAUCAUCAAUCCGGACCUCUUAAAAACAAUUAAAGACUCUUUGUUGACUACUGAAGAGCUUGCACUCUUCACAGAUGUCGGCAGUGAAACUGACCCAACUGAAUUGUUCUUUUAUAAAUUGUCAAGCAUUAAAGGAGUCCACGAACGACUGGAGUCGUGGUACUUUGUGCUCACAUUGAAUGAGAAAAUUGAAGACUUUCCAGACCAACUUAAGCGUAUGGAAGAUGCUAUGAAUGCGUUGAAGUCUAGUUUGUGCUACAAGAAGUUUUUGGGUGUUGUUAUAUCACUUGGGAAUUAUAUGAAUGGAGGAAAUGCGACGAGAGGGCAGGCGGAUGGAUUUAAUAUCGACUUCUUGCUCAAAUUGAGAGACGUGAAAGACAACACGAACACAACAAACAUGUUAGAAUAUUGCUUGAAGCAGUUAACCCGGAUGGAAGGACUUCCUGAGGAACUUUCACCAUGCAAGAAUUGUGUAUUUGACUUGAAGAUGAUUGGGGGACAAAUUCGAAGUGUUGUUAAAGAGAUGGAGAAUGUGAAACGGAUGAUGGCCAAAGUUGUCGAUCCGAAUGAUAAAGGUAUUAAGACGUUAGUGAGCGAAGUGAAAGAGAAAGAAGACACGGUGAAUGGGUUGUUAGACAAAAACACGCAAUUAGAAGAACGUUUGAAAGAGAUUGUGUUAUGGGCGACUGGAAGUGCGAAGGACGCGCAGAAAAUGGGGAGUGAAGAAUUCUUUGGGACAUACAAACAGUUUGUAGUGAUGGUAGAGGAGACCAUUAAGAAGUUGAAAAAGGUACCAGCCGAGCCGAAGCAGCUUAAAACAAUCAACAGAGCAAAUGUUGGGAAUAAAGUUGCUGAUGGUGAAGAUCCAAUGGCUGUUCUUAUUGCGAAGAUCAAAGCUGGAGGGGUCAAGUCUCAACUGAAAAGCACCAAAUAA